CAGGUAUAACGAGUUAGCUUUUUACGUCUACACAAAACAUCUUCCAAUAAUUGAAACUGCUAUAAAUUAAACCACUAGAGUAACUAGGCCCCCUUAAUCCCUUAUGUACUUGAAUCUCCACAAUUGGAGAUUUGGAGCACACUUUUUGGACUUUAUUAUAUGGCCUCAGCUCCAAUUUCUUUGAUUCACAUUAAUUUGAUGUGACAUUCCUCCAUUCCAUUAUUUUUGUCGGCCCAUAUCCUUGCUCAUUUAUACUCUCAAAUUCACAACCAUCACUCAUAACUUAUCCUUUCACUCACAAGAUCGAGUCACAACUCACAAGUCUACAUCCUUUAGUUUUACUUUCAAAACAUAUCAGAUUUCUUCAUUUCCUUAAGGUUAGCUGGCUCAAUUCAAUCGAUGCAUAUGGAGCAUUUGAUUUCCAUUAAUUGAAGAAAUUUUUUGGAGAAAAGACAUACCUUUCUUCCUUAUGUAUCUUAAUGUCCGAAAACAGAAAUUGAGGUAAAAAUUAUUCUUCUUUCUUUUUUUUUUUUUUUUAUUUUUUUAUUUUUUUAUUUUUUUAAAAAUAUUUUUAUUUAUUAAUGUGCCAUUUGCUUAAAAGUUUAUGAAUUUCAGAACAAGAUAGUUUAGAUUCUUUUUAAUGAGUGUUUUAAUUUAAUUUAUAAUGAGAUGAAUUUUCUUUAUAGAGACUUUUAUGGGGGGUAAUUGGUGCCAUUUGCUUGACACUAGAUUUUUUAUUAGUUCUUAAAUUUAUAAUUAAAAAUCGGUUUAUAGAGUUGUAAAUUUACAAAAAAGUCAUACACGGGAAGCAUAAUAAUUGUUCAAUUAUAAUAAUUUAAUAGUCCAGAUUGGUUCUACGUUCUCAUUUUAGAGUAUAUUAUCAUUAUAACAUCAACUUCAUUAAUUUUUAUUAUGAUAAAUCAAACCCAAAAUGUGGAAUCUUCAAUAAAACACAAGCUUAGUUCUAUACCUAAUCAUUUCUCUAAUCAUUCCAUUUAUAAAGUGCCUGAACAUAUUCGCAAGGUAAAUGAACAAUGUUACCAGCCUUGGAUUGUUUCAAUAGGUCCUAUCUACUAUAAAAAUCCAUCCUUGACAUUUUCACAAGAGUUAAAAUUGAGCCAUCUCCAAUGCUUCCUUGAGUAUAGCACCCAUGUAAAUGGCAACCAAUCUUGUUAUAGCGUAGCCAAGCUCAUAGACAAUAUAAAAGAACGCGAGGAGGAAGCCCGUUCCUACUACGAAGAAAAAACUAGCCUGUCUAGCAAUGAGUUCAUUGAGAUGAUGUUGGUAGAUGCUGCAUUCAUCAUCUACUAUUUUAUGUGCUACGAUGGUAAUCCGGUACCACUCCGAAGAGAUCCAAUGGUAAAUAAAAUAGCAUGGAUGAUGAGAGUUGAACAAGAUUUAUUUAUAGAGGAUAAUCAACUACCAUUUUUUGUUCUUAAUGAUCUGUACAAUGCAACAUUUGGUUCAACUUACGGCGAUACAUCUUUCAAGGAUGUUAUUUGUAGAUUUAUAAGUAACACUUAUAUUCCUGGAAGAGAGGUUGCACGUACAAUAAUAGGCAGAGAGAAGGUAAAGGAGGCGUCUAAUAUCAAGCAUCUUGUGGAUUUUUUAAGGGUAUGUUGCCUACCUCACAAACUUCGAGAUCAACUCAACCUUGAAGACUCUCACAUAGUAUUUCCCUCAAGCGUCAAAGAGAUCAAGGCAGCUGGUGUUAAAUUUAUUGCAAUUGAAAGUGAGAGUAUACUCGACAUUGAAUUUUCGAAGGGAAUCUUACGAAUACCUACAUUAGUAAUUCAAGAAAACACGGAGGCUGUAAUUCGGAGCAUAGUAUUUUUCGAGCAAUGCCACCAUCACUACAACUCUUAUUUCAUCGACUAUUUAUUCUUCCUCGAUGCUUUGAUUGAUACUUCUGAAGAUGUUCGAGUACUAGUUCAACAUGGAAUAAUCAAACAUUGUCUAGGAAGUAAUGAGGAGGUGGCAAAUUUGGUGAACCAAAUCACCAAAUGCAUAUUGAUUUACAAUCCCAAUUUCUACUAUGCUGGUAUUAGUCGAGAUUUGAAUGCGUAUACUGCUAUGAGGUGGAAUAAAUGGAAAGCCAUAUUGAGGAGAAAUUACUUUAAUCAUCCAUGGUCAAUCAUUUCUGUGAUCUAUUUGGUGUUCCUACUUAUUCUCACAGUGUUACAGGUUUAUACUGGUUUUAGGGGAUAGAUAUUGUACUUUACAAUUCGUGUUUCAUGUGCCCUCACUUACUAAUUUAUUGUAAUAGAUUCAAUUUCAAAUCUUGAGUAUCACCUUUUUACACAUUACUACUAGGGUCAUAUUUUUUCUGUAGAUCCGAUUUGAGGUCAAAAUUGACAAAAAUAUUAUCGAAAAUGUCUCAUUUUACAUGUGUCACACAAAUCGAGGUAUUUUUUAGUACGUAAAACAAGGCAUUUCCAAUCAUUUUUUUGUAAAUUUUGACCUCAAAUCGGACUCAUAGAACAAAAAUGGCCCCCAAAAUCUUUAAAGAGCUUGUUUUUGGUAUGAAAAUUGAAGAAAUUUCUAUAAAACGUUAGAUUAAUAGUGGUGAAAUCUGAAUUUUUUUAUUAUUUAUUUAUUUUUUUUAAUUUUUUUUUGUCUUUUUUGAGUGGUAUUUUAAAAUAAUAUUUUUUAUGGAUGAUAAUUUCAAAAAGUCGGUUAUUUGUGAGUUGUAAAAUCCAAAUUUUCCUUAGAUUGGGCUAAUAUCUUAGCUCUAUAUUGAUGUUGUCUAGUAAAUGCCAAAUUUAUUAAUGAUCAUGUUCAAUGAAAAACUUUUAAAGUCUAGUAUCCACAGAUUAAUCCAAUGUUUUCCUAUAUCUAUGUUCUUCAAUCUCCGCACUAGGAGACUAUUUUGACCUAAUCUUAUUCUUUGAUUGACAUUAACUUGAUGUGAUAUCCGUCCAAUCCAUACUCAUUAAUAACUCCCAAGUUACAACCAUCACUCAUAACUCAUCUCUUCCUCACUCACAAAAGUCACAACCAUCACUCAUAACUCAUCUCUUCCUCACUCACAAAAGUCACAAUCACAAGUCUACAUUAUCUGUUUUUGUACUACCCUUUAAUAUUACUUUCAAAUUAAACUAGCUCUUGCUUAAAUUAAAUCACCCUCUUUACUCUAUACUCUCGUACAUUACACAACCUACUGUUUGUUGGAUUUUGAAAAUUGCAAUCAUAUGAUAUCAGGUUACUUAAGUUCCUAAAGGUUAUUGGCUCAAUUGAUGCAUACGGCCAUACGGGAGCAUGCAUUUGGUUCUUAUUAAUUGAAGUAAAAACACUGUCUUGAGAGAAGUCAUACCUUUUUUUGAUAGUGUAUCUUAACUUCAAACAACGAAAAUUGAGAAUGACAGCCAAGGAAGUGGAAUCUUCAAUACAAAACAAGCUUAGUUCCUUACCCAAUAUUUCCUCCAAAUGCUGCAUUUAUCGGCCUUCGAUUGUUUCAAUUGGUCCAACGCACUACGAUAAUCCAAUCCUAAAAUCUUCGUUAGAGUUAAAAUUAAAUCAUCUCAAAUGGUUUUUAGAACUUGCAGCCCAUACCAAUGGCAACAAAGCUAGUAGCUUAAGGAAAUGCAUUGACUUUUUAAAAGGUUUCGAGGAUGAGGCUCGUUCCUAUUACGAAGAAAAAAUAAGUCUCUCCAGCAACGUUUUUACUGAGAUGAUGAUGAUCGAUGCUGCAUUCAUCAUUUACUUGUUUAUUUGCUAUAGUGAAAAAUUUCAAAUUCAAAAGACUCCUAUUAAUGAAAAGAUUACUUGGAUUAUGAAGGUAAACAAGAUAUAUUUGUAGAAGAUAAUCAACUCCCAUUUUUUGUUCUCAACGAGUUAUACAGCAUAACAUUUGGUGGAGCUUACCGCGGGAUUUCCUUCGAGGAUCUUACUUGUAAUUAUAUAUCUAACAAUUCUGUUUUUGGACGUACCAAUCCAGCUAUUCGUAAAGAGAAUGUUGUGAGAAACACAUCGGAAGUUAAGCAUCUUUUGGAUUUUUUGAGGGUUUGGCACUUACCUUCCAAACUCCGAGCCGGUAAAUCAAUGACUGAACUUACUUUACCCCCAAGUGUUGAAAAAUUGGAGGUUGCCGGAGUAAAAUUCAAGGCAAGUGAGUAAAAAUCUAUUGGAUAUUGAAUUUUCAGAUGGUGUUUUAGAGAUUCCAAGAUUGACUAUGGAAGACAGUACGGAAGGUCUUCUUCGCAAUAUUAUAUUUUUUGAGCAAUGCUGUCAUCAUUUCUAUGACAAAUCUUACUUUGUUGACUAUGUAUCGUUCAUUGAUGCAUUGAUUAACACUCGUGAAGACGUGCAAAUAUUAGUUCAAUAUGGUGUAAUCAAGAAUUUGCUUGGGAGUGAUGAUGAGGUAGCUAAUGUCGUCAAUCAUCUCUGCAAAAAUAUAAUGAUUAAUCCUAAUUUCUACUAUUCUGAUAUUGCUGAAAAAUUGAAUGCACAUGCCAACACUAAGAGGAACAAAUGGAUGGCUAUAUUAAGGAAAGACUACUUCAAUCAUCCUUGGUCAAUCAUUUCCGUUGUCUAUUUGAUGAUUCUUCUUAUCCUCACCGUGUUACAAGUUUAUAUUGGUUUUAAGCACUAAUUGUUCUUUGUUCAUCUACAAGCAAUGAAUUAGCUUCUACAUACAGAUUCCAUAUUCCAGUUUAUUGUUGUACAAGACAAUUAGGAAUUUGAUGCGUAUUCAAGGCAUCAAUAUCAUCAUUUUAUUAGUUGUAUUUAUUUUUAUAGUCGUCUAUUAAUCAUGAGAUUGAGUGGCGUCAAUCCUAAA